AAUGUUCCAUAUCCUUCUUGUUUUAACUUUACUCUCGGGACAAGCCUUUGCGCGCGACUGGAGUCUUCUGCAACUGCCUUUUGGUCUGAAAAAGUUGCCCGAGGUGGAUUUUAUCUCGCUAAUCGACCAGACGGUACCAAGGAACUCGGACUCUGUUCAUUACUCGUCGCUUGCCAAAGAGGACUGGCCCAUCGACUUUGACCAGUAUCGGGACCAAUACGUGUUGAGGGUCAAUGUUGCGGCGAAAGAGGACCUGAGCACUCUAUAUGAGGCGGCUCACGAGCUAAAUGUGUCUGUGUGGGAGUUUUCUGUGUCGAAGCGUUUCAUUGACUUGCAAGUUUCAAAAGACUCUGGCGUAGAGUUUCUGCAGCACGUGACAGCUAGAUGGCCUGAUAUGGACCUCCAAUUGGAUCUCGUUGUGCGCGACUUGCCGCAGACAGUGUUUGAAACGUACUCUUUUCCAGACGACGAUGACGAUUUCACUGUGCAGGAGGACCUCUUCUUCAAACGGUACAGGGACCUUAAGACCAUCUACCAGUGGUUCGACCUACUUGUGGCGACCUAUCCAGACCUGUUGGAGGUCGAGUGGAUUGGCCAGACGUAUGAAGGAAGAGAUAUCAAGGCGGUCAGGCUGACGGCACACAAAAGCGAGCCGUCGCCAGAAAAACCCCUAAAGACCCUAGUCAUCACCAGCGGCAUCCAUGCCCGCGAAUGGAUCAGUGUGUCAACCUCGUGCUACAUCCUGUAUAGGCUGCUGCAGGACUAUGAGAAAGGCAAGAAAAAGGCACGGCUGUACCUUGACAACAUGGAUUUCCUGUUCUUGCCGGUGAUGAACCCUGAUGGAUACGAACAUACGUGGACCACUGACCGUCUGUGGAGGAAAAAUAAGCAACAGACAUACAAUCCAAGAUGUUAUGGAAUAGACAUUGACCAUUCGUUCAAUUUCCACUUUACGAAAAGUGAAGAUUCUCCUUGCAGCGAAAAUUACCCUGGAGAGGGGGCCUUUGAGAGUCUGGAAAGCAGCGUGUGGGAUACCUAUCUGAACGAGACAAAACACGACCAUCCAAUUUACGGAUACAUCGAUUUGCACUCUUACGCAGAGGAAAUCCUUUAUCCCUACGCAUACACCUGCUCCGAAAAGCCACGGGAUGAAGAAAAUUUGAUUGAAUUGGCGUAUGGCCUCAGCCAGUCGAUCAGACUCACUUCGGGCAAAUCAUACGCCGUGCUGUCUGCGUGCGAGGAUAAAGGCUCGGAUUUGCUGCCCGCCAUGGGUGCUGGCUCUGCUCUGGACUACAUGUACCAUAACAAAGCCUACUGGGCGUUUGUUUUGAAGCUGCGAGAUACUGGAAGCCAUGGAUUUUUGCUGCCGCCAAAAUUCAUCGUUCCCGUUGGCAAAGAGAUCUACUCAUCGAUCAAGUAUUUUUCCAGCUUUGUUACUGACAAAUAGACACUAUUUUUUGCCCUGCUUUACAAUGGAAGUGAUCAAUUGGUAAGCCACCUCCGCGCCGUUUGUGGCAGUGAUCUCAGCAUGGUCGUAUUGGGGCGACACCUCAACAAUGUCGGCUCCAACGAUGUUGACAUCAAUGUUUCUCAGCAGAUAGAAUAGCUCACGCGGAAGUAGUCCGCCGGACUCGAUCGUCCCCGUGCCAGGAGCAAACCCAGGGUCCAGACAAUCAAUGUCCACAGACACAUAUGUGGGGUAAUCUUUUGGAAUUCUCUCGUUAAUGGACCUGACAAUUUCCUUGAGUCCUCCGAGACCAUUGAUCCAAAUAUCGUCUGCACUGAACCUGGCCCAGCCCUGGUCGUCGUCGUCCUCAUAGUCCUCCCAGUCCUUGCCACUGAUUCUUGUCCGGAGACCAAUAUGGACGUUAUAGUUGUCACUCAGCAAAUCCUCCUCGUUGGCCAUCCACAACAUUGAUCCGUGAGUGAACUUGGACUGCUCGCUCGACCAAAACGAAGGGUAUUUUGAUGGCGACCAGGUGUCCAGGUGCGCAUCAAAGUGGAUGACGGCGACUUUUCCAUACACCUUGUUUAGAGCCCUUAGGUGGGGGAGCAGGAUAGAGUGGUCGCCGCCCAGUGCAACAAGCUUAGGAGGCCCAGAACCGUCCACGGCAUUUUUCCGUUUCAGCAGCAGCUCCUCGAAAGCUUUGGUCAUCUGGUCCAGAGCAAGCUCGUUGUCCAUUGGGGUCACCGGGAUAUCACCACAGUCUAUCACUUUUGCCCAGUCCUGGUAAGGGUUGAUGCCGGCUCUGGUGUUGAAUGCUCUUUUUGAGGUCUGACGCUGCGAGCCCGUUCUGAUGGCCCGAGGACCGAACCGGGCGCCGCUGCGGUACGUUGUUGCCGUGUCGAACGGCACGCCAAUGACCCCGAUGUCGAAACUAGUUUCCGGGUCCACGAGACAUUUCGUGUAGUUUAGGUGAGCAAAGGUCUGUAUUCCGUUGAACGGCCAGUCCUCGCCCCAGAGCUGGUCCAAAGUGGGUUUUGAGUUUGAAGCAAAUUGAAUCGGGCUUUGAAAGCCCGUGGCCACUCCCAUUGCGGCCAAAAGAGAAGUUGCAACGGUAUGUCUCAUGAGACGGCUAUAAAAAAAAAUUGGAACCAGAUAAAUAAAUAUAUUAAUCUUAGCGGCUUAUCGUGUUUUUGG